UUUCAUUUUGAUUUCAUUCAAUCAGUAGCAUGAAAAGGUAAACAUUGCAUCACAAAAUUUCGUGAUCUCAUUAGCUUAAUUCAUAAAAUUUAUUUAUUCUAAUUUUUACUGAGGCUGUUGAAUCAGAAUGAAUAUAAGUAGAGUAUUAAAGAAUAAUGUAUUAAAAAGUUCAAUUUCCCUGCAAAUUCUGCGGCUCUCCUGCUGGUCAUGUGGUAAAGAGAACCAAGUUUUGGUCUCUAAUCUAUUCUGUCCAAACUGUAAAACGUUACAAAAGCCUAGGAAGGAUAAUAACUAUUUCAGUGUUUUGGGAGUAGAAGAAACUUACGAUCAAAAUGAAAAUGAUCUGGCCAAAAGAUACAAAGACCUACAAAAAUAUUUACACCCAGACAAAUUUGCAAACAGGGAUACAGCAGAACGAGACAUUUCUGAAGAAUAUUCCUCUUUAGUCAAUGAAGCAUACAAAACUCUCUUAGAGCCAAUGGCAAGAGGUAUCUACAUGCUAAAAUUAAAGGGUACAUCUAUUCCGGAGAGUACUGAAGUGCUAGAUCAACAAUUUCUCAUGGAGAUUAUGGAGAAAAAUGAAGAGGUGGAGAAUGCUGAAACUGAAGAAGAAAUUAUGAAAUUGAAUGGAGAAAACAAAGAAGUAAUAAAAGAUCUACAGAAAAAGGUGUCUGCAGCAUUCUUUGAUGGAGAUUUGGAUGAAGUAGUCAAAUUAUUGAGUGUAAUGAAAUAUUAUACAAGUAUAGAUAAUCAAAUACAAGGUUUAAUUCGUAGUAAAGGAAUUAUUCGGUAAUUUGUCAUACUCAAUUGUACAAAAUUUGAUGUAAUGGUAACAAAAAUCACUCAGUUUUUCUAUAUUAUGUUUAAUUAUAUACCACAUUAUCAUAAAUUUGGCUGUGUUAUUAAAAUUCAGAUAUUGAAAUGUAAAAUAGAACCUACUGUGUACAAAACUUUGUAUAGAUACAUUUUGACUGUAAGUUGUUAUUUUAGUUUAAGAUAAUAUAUGACCCUUGUUUUGGG